UCAUGCAGUGGAGGAAAGUAAAAAGGACAAAAAGAAAAUGGCUGCGUUAAUGUUCAAUGUUUGGAAACAGAUUGUGUUACAAGUUCCUGGCAGACUUGCAAGUGCUCAUCAGAAUAAAUUAUUACCAUCAGUAUGCGAGGCUUGUAAAAAACACAGGAGGUACAUUAGCAAAUCAGCAAGCUUGAAUGGUGUUUUUGAACCUACAGAUGUUAAUACUGGUCCAGAAAUUCCUGAAUACGAUGUGCUAGAUGUGAAAAUGACUGGUUAUGACUUCGUACCUCUGGAAAACUUUGCCAAAUAUAUUCACAGUCUAGCAGAUGGUCUUGGACUUGAUACUGAAAGCUGGCCUAUCCCAAGUGCAGACAGCCAAAUAAAGGUUUUCAAGAAAAAUACCACAGUUGUACAGUCAACUUUUGAUUUAAAAAAGUUUGGAAGAGUAGUACAGCUUCAGAAUGUUCCAUCCACUGUGCUACCUAUAUUUAUACAAAUAGCAAGAUCACAUCUCCCAGAGGGAAUUGAUAUUACAAUUCAGAAAACAAGUGAGGAAGAAGAAGAAGAUCGUUACAUCCCAGACAAAGAGCUUGAAGGUCUCCAGGCUGAAAUAGAUGCUAUAAAUGCUGCGAGGGAAGAGAGGCGCAAAUAAAAUCUUGUACUUUGUUUUAACAUUUGGUGAAAAGUUGAUGAGCUCAACAGAAUAGUAAACAUGAGUUCUCGUCUUAAUUGGACAUGGUGUUGAGUGCCUCAUUAAAUAAAACAUUUCCUUCCUUCCUUUAUUGGACAUGGAUUCAAACCAGAUAUUGCAUUAUUAUUACUAAGCAAGCAAGCUAUCAUGGUCGUGUGUGUUAUUGAGGAACAAUUCUGUGUUUUUCAACUACUUCAGAAUAUGGUCUGUCAGGAACAGUUGUUGAUCAAACUUGGAUAAACUUUGAUAGAAGUAGAUUAACCUGAAAAAAACUAAAUAAAAUGUGGAGUUUUUUUUGUUUUGUGAAAAUUUAAUAUUAAUAAAUUAAUGUACGUUGUCA